UUUACACUAGCCCGUACACUCUUACAUACCUGACGACAUUUUAAGAACGAUAUUUCAUGAAAGCAAAUGCCAUGCGACAAUAUUGCCAACCUCAACUUUAAGCUUUGGCUACAAUUGCGUCAGACAUUUGUUUUGAAAGAAAAUUUUGAAGUACACUUUUGUAUGAGUACGUUAACAAAACAAGUUUUUGACGCGAAGCCAAGCAACAGUCCGAAUUAUUAAAAGAGAGAAACACUGAAAACAAUGCGGACAUUGUGGUAUACCGUUUGUUUCUACGAUUCAUUGUUAUGGUAUGAACUGUUAUGCAAAGCGAAGAAAGUUACAUGUGAAUGGGCUUAUAUGGCUGUUUCACAUAAAACUUAUGCAUCGCUUGGCUUCAGACAUUUGUUUUGACAGAAAAGUUCGAUGUAUGCUGUUGUUUAAAUCGAUCACAUCGAAACGAAGCGCAGCAAAGCAAAGCAAAAUAGUGAGGAACCCUCAUCUUUAUAUACUUUGCCAAAUAACAGCCGCCAUUUCUAUUAGAGAGAAACAUGACGCAACCUUUGUUUUUUUCGUUCUUCGUUGGUGAAGUACGCAUUGUCAAGCAAAGCGAGGAAAGUUGUAUGUGAAUUGACCAUUAUGGUUUUGACAGUUCAUGGAAUCAGUCGUUUUUGACAUUUCGUUUUGCAUAUCCACAGAAAGUGGAAAAUUUGUUUUUCUUAGUUUUUUUUUGCUUGACUAUUUAAGCCAAAAAUAAUAUUUAUCAUAAUAAAGAAAUAGCUAAAGUAGAAUAAUACAAUUAAUUAGAAAAAAAUAUGCAGUAAAUAAAGGCGAACCAUAGUAAUAUAAGUGUGUAAAGAUGCCGACUCUGACAUUGACUGAAACAGGUAGCACUACAACAAUGCAUAUGCAAGUCUAUCAGGAUGGACAUUCACCAACUUUAGAGGAGCAAGGAAACCAUUUGAAUCAACAGCAGCAGCAAUUAAUAAAUUUAGGUAACAUGGCGAGUAUCACCCAUGGAUUAAACGAAGAUGUUGUUUCUAUACCCAAAGAGGUUAUGCUUAUAUCGCUGGUAUCGCAAGAGCAAGCUCUUUAUAAUCCUAAGCAUGAGUUCUAUCGUAACACACAUCGUAAAGAUUCUAAAUGGUUGGAGAUUGCAGACACUGUCGGUUGGACAGAUGCACAAUGUAAAUCAAAAUGGAAAGCCAUGCGUGACCAAUAUUGUCGUGAGCUAAAACGCAGCAAAUUUAAUAUCAAAGCUAAUGUCAAAUGGAAAUAUUUUAAGGAAUUGGAAUUUUUACGACCUUUUGCUUUGUCGAGGAACUAUCGACCGCGCGCCACAAAUAAAAACGAAAAUUCAACUGGGUCAAACGGAAAGAAUGCUGGCAACAAACUACCAAGUAUUAAAAUGGAACAUGGUCAAUUUAGCGCGUCUGAUUUCACCGCCGACAAUGUUUUAAGUGCAGAAGAUAAACUGGAUUCAACAACUUCAGGUCUGCUAAACUCAUUAAGCGAUGAGCAGCUGCACUCAGUGAUGCAGCAACAUAGUGGAAGCUGGAAUUAUCUCACAGCGACAACGAACACAAGCGAUGUUCACACUUUAGAAGGAAAUGAACACAGUCCUAAUGAACUCGAAGACACCAAUCUAUUACAACAUACACAACAGCGCUCAGAUACUGAUGAUAUGCUGUGCGCUUUGGUAGAAAGUGUACCGUCUACAAUUGUGCAAAUGCAACAUACGCAAUCACACAAUGAGGAAGAAGACGACGAUCCAAUACACACGUUCCUCAAUAUAGAAAGUUUCUUCGAAAAAGACCUUAUUAACAUGAUUCAACAGGAAGAUAUAAUAUAUAAUAAUUUUCACCCAAAUUAUCGCAAUGCCAAAAUGAAACUUGAAGUUUGGGAUGAAAUUGCACGCAAACUAAAAAAGCCAGUUGGGCGCUGUCGUUUGAAAUGGAAAGCACUACGCGAUCAAUAUAUCAGAGAACAUAAACGACUGAAAGACCGCGAACAUUCUGAAUUAUUGCCGCGUUGGAAGCAUUAUGAUGCGCUUACUUUCUUGCAAAAGUUUAUAAAGCAUAAAACAAGCGAGAGUGAUGCUAAAAAUGUAGUACAACUGCCUAAAACCGAAUUAGACGCUGAUUUAGAUGAGCAAAUCAUCGAUAGUCCGCCAUUGCCGUCGCCAAUAGAAGUAGUACAACACGAUUUGGAACAGCAGCCAUUGCCAACACUAUCAGGUCCACAUACUCAACAUGACUUACAUACAGCAACGCAUGAUAUGUGUGUUGUUAGUGGCAGCAGUGUUGGCGGCUACGAUGAAAUGGACAUCGAUCAUUACAUUAUCGGACAUACGAGUGAUACGGGCGCCAAUGACGACGGCAUAGACAUGGUAGCUGCAGACGACGAGGAAGACCGUAAAUCGCAUCAACAUUUUACGGAGUAUCCGCCAAGUUCAACCAGUAAUAUGACUGCCAAUAACAGCGCAACUCAGCAGGAUAACGGAAAUGACGUAAAAUCGGAGGUGCAUGAAUUUAAAGAUAUAAAAGAAAGUAACAUAAUGAUACAACAAAGUGCCGUAUCAUUACAAGCACAACUACAACAGCAAUCGUCACAGCAGCAGCAACCACAGUCGCAGUUGGUCCUAUCACAACAACAUCAUCAGCAACCGUUAUUGAAGUUAAAAUCGCAAACCACGCAGCACCAUCAACAUUUGCUUACUAUAGAUGUUGGUGACAAGACAAGCACUGCCACACUCACUGCAAGGGAAAAAUGUAUUAUGCAAAUACAACACCAACAGCAGCCGCAGCAACAAAUACAUGAUUUUAGUAACGAAAUGAAGCCCCAACACACGCUUACAAGUGGUUUAGUGAAUAGCGGUAGUGCGAAUUUGACUUCCAACAAUAAUUGUGGCAUGGCAAUAUUAAACCCUAGCACCUCACUCAGCAUGGAGGCUAUCAAUUUACAGCCUUUGGUGAGUAGUUCGCAUAAUAGUUCGACAACAACAGCGACCACCACCACAAUGCAUGCACCGUCCACGUCCGUCACUGCCGCCUCUCUUCCAAUAGUUGAUAAUCAAAGAGCGACCGACACUGUUGGAGACGAUGAGGUCGGCGCCUUCUUCAAAGCAGUUGCCAUGAAAAUACGCAAUGCCAAUAUGUCACCGGUGUCUUUCACCGACCUACAAAUCGAUAUUUUGCGGGUGAUAAACGGUACACUGCGCCACAACUAGUUAAAAGCUCUUACAGCUCAUCACGCGUGUAAUUUUUUGUUUUCUCUUAUUUACUGUAAGCACUUGGUCCUUUAUUAUAAACUUUUAACAUUUGCUCUAAGCGCUUUCAUUAGAUAUUUUACAUAUUUUACUAAGUUUAAACUUUGCCGGUCUUACCAACAAGAUCUCUCUGUUGUCACAGAUAUAUUUCACUGGUAUGACUUUAAUUAUGUAAUUAGGAUAUGUUUAGCUCUUCAGCACGUCUUGAAAUAAAUUAAAUCAUAACUAUAUUACUAAGCAUAAAAUUUUACGAGCAGAUAAUCGAAAUAACCCAAAAAUAUAUUCAAAAUUAAAAUUUUUUAAUUUAAAUAUACUUUAAAUUAACUAAACUUCCUUAAUAAUUCAUGCUAUUUAUAAAUUGCGUUAAAGGAAGUGGCUAGAACUGUGCCAAAAUAGAUUAUUUAUUCUAAUAAAAGAAAACUGAUUUAGACUUGAGCAAAAUCCAACAAUGGCUGCCAAUUUGAUAUUGAUUUUGUUUUGUCUUCGUUCCAUGUUUUUUGAAUUGGUUAUUCAUA